AAAGGACGCUACCAGCGCCAUUUUGAUUAACAAAGUAGACUGUCUAGUUUCGAAUAUUUAACCUUCACCCAUUUUUACAAAUUAUUUUGAAAAAAAUAAUAACACAGUGAAGUGACCGUUGGUAAAAAUGUUUAUUUGUUUAAAAAAUAUAUUGAAUUAAUGAGAAAUCGAAAGCUGUCAAGCUAAUUGCACAUUGUGGAAAUGGAAAACUACACUAAGGAGCAAAAGGAUUCAGCAAAGGAAGUUCUCGAAUUUUACGUCGACAUUUUCGAGAAUCACAAUUCAACUGUAAAAUAUUUUCUUGCAGAAAAUGUUGUCCUUGAUUGGUUUGGUAAAACAAUCAAAGGCAACAAAAAGGUGUCCUUAUUUCUUAAAGACCAAGUCUGUAAAGUAACUCAUCACAUAACUAACACAAGCCCUAGUGAAAAAGUAGCGUUUAAAGAGAGUCAUCAUGUAAAAGUGCCAAAGGAAGAAAACGUACAAUUAAUCUCUUCCCCUGUAAAUACGGAAACAACGCCACCAAAGCAAACCCAGCCAUCUACAAGUAUGUUAGAAAUAGGUCAAGGUGAUGGUCCUGACAACAGCCCCUUGAUGUCGCCGCGUAAGAAAAUGAAAUUUGAUUCAGUGGAAGAAACUGAAACAGUCGAGAGCGAGUCAGAAAUUUCACCAUUGAAAUGUCUCACUGCUGAAGGUAGUGUUGAAUUUCACAAGCCUAGCUCGAAAAAACUCCAAACUGAGACAAAAUGGCGAAGGCCUGUGAAAUUACACUUAGGGUAUACAAAAAGUAGCUUUAGAGACUGUACCAUCUAUCUAAUAAUUUAUGAAAGUAAUCUCAAAUGUCGCCGAAAUUUAUAUAAAGAAUUUUGUGAAGAUAAUUCAAGCACAAAACCUUCGUAGUGCAAUUGUUUACUUUUUGUUGUGCACAUUGUGCAACUUCUAAGUUUAUUAUAACUUUUUUUUAUGUAUUCUGUACUAGAUUUUGUGAUUGGCGUGCCUGACAUGACAAAUUUAUUUUUUUAAGAAAAACUUUGUAUUUUUGUUACAAAAAAAUAAAUACCUUGAA